CUCUUCCUCACCUGCUGCUUCUGCAUCAUCAAAAAAUGCUGCUGCAAGAAGAAGAAGAAUAAGAAAGGAAAGAAGGGCAAGGAUGGCUUCAACAUGAAGAACAUGCAGGGCGAGCAGCUUUUGUAUCCCAAGCUGUAGAGGACACAAGGAGAGCGCUCUUCCCCUCCUUUUAUUUGAUGUUGUUGUUGUUGUUGUGGUCGUCAAACGUGUGACGUGCUCCAUUGUGGCCCGAUGGUGAAAAAUGACACACUUUGUCACCGGGUGGCAAAGAAUAAUGAGCACCACGAAGGGUAAAGUUUCUUUUGGCAAGUUGCAAAGUAGCAAAAGCUUCAUAUUUUCUGAUCGAAAUGAUGGAUAAAGGCCUGACACCUGCAAAAAUAUUGGGAUAUUUAUAAAGCAAAGUGAAAAGCCAGUGAUUUAUUUGAGAACUAACACCACCAGAGAUUGCCCUGAACUCCAGCGACAGUUAAUUAAUGCAAUCAAUCACUUGAGUCCACAAAUGCAUCAUUGCCAAACAAGAAGAAGAGUGUCAUUUCUCAUCAUAAUUGUGGCGGUGGUGUUGACUGCGUCUCCUCUUUUAGUGUGUUUGGUGUCUUGUGAGUUGAAUCUCUUCCUCUCUUUGCUCCCCCACCCCUUUUUUCCCCCCUCGCUUUGUGUCUGUCUUGUUUGUGCCUCGUGUUUCUUGACUGUGGUGGACUCCCGCUCUACGAUACACCAGGACGACGAAGACGACGAGGAGGGGGAAACCGGACUGACGGAGGAGGAGAAAGAGGAGGAGGAGAAGGAAGAAGAGAAGUUGGGAAAGCUGCAAUAUUCGAUAGAUUAUGAUUUUGAAAAUGCGAAGCUCACAGUCGGCAUCCUCCAAGCUGCGGACCUCAUAUCAAUGGAUUCAGGUGGAACCUCCGAUCCGUACGUCAAAGUCCAGCUCUUACCUGAGAAGAAGAAGAAGUACGACACCAAGGUCCACAAGAAAACCCUGAACCCUGUCUUCAACGAGACUUUUGUGUUCAAGGUGCCCUACGAGGAGCUCGGUGGGAAGAUUCUGUCCAUGUCUGUCUAUGACUAUGACCGAUUUUCCAAACAUGACGUCAUCGGAGAGGUCAAGAUUCCCAUGAACACCAUCGACCUCGGACGACCGAUUGAGGAGUGGAAGGAUCUGGAGAGCGCCGAUCAAGAGGAGCCUGAGAAACUCGGAGACAUCUGCAUCUCCCUCCGUUACGUCCCCACCGCCGGGAAACUCACCGUCUGCAUCCUGGAGGCAAAGAACUUGAAGAAGAUGGACGCCUGUGGAUUAUCUGAUCCUUAUGUCAAGAUCCAGCUCCUGCAGGGGGGUAAGCGUCUGAAGAAAAAGAAGACGACAGUGAAGAAGAACACCCUGAACCCUUACUACAAUGAAUCCUUCAGCUUCGAAAUCCCACUGGAACAGAUGCAGAAAAUCUUAGUGGCGGUCACAGUGUUUGAUUAUGACAAGAUCGGCAAGAACGACGCCAUUGGAAAGAUCUUCGUGGGCAGCAAGGCGUCUGGCCUCGGUCUGAAGCACUGGUCCGACAUGCUGUCCAAUCCGCGCCGCCCCAUCGCCCAGUGGCAUCCAUUGCAGCCUGAGGAGGAUAUAGAUGGUCAGCUGGCGUCCUUGAAUGCAAAGAAGUAACGUGCUCCACCAACCAACCGAUGCACUAACUCAGAAAUCCAAACCCCGCCCUCUACUUUGCAUGAAAAACCAUGACUUAACACGUGACUGCUCGUCAUGAAACCUGCUCAGCAAAAAAGAGACAUCCUAGAAUAUCCCCUCAUUAACUGUUAAGUCGAAAAAAACUAUUUUUAAGCAC